AUGCACACCUUCUCACCCACACCAACCCAGUAUGAAAUCGAGAGCUGGGUAUUCCCACACCCAGGUGUAAGGAGGCUGCAGGACGCAAGCAACCCAGGCCCUCAGAGGCACUCUCUGCACUCUGUGACCCCGCGGGUGACGGCCACUAAAGGAGAAGAGAGGGCUCGGCUGAAGAAAGGACACCGGAGAUGGCAUUCCAAUGAGACCCGGAUCUUCCAUGGCGGGCCUCAUAGGAGCAGAGAGAACAAGAACAAGGGCGAGAGCGCGAGGACAGGCAGUUUGAAGACCACUAGGGGCCAAGGCAGUGUAAAGGGCGGGCGUCUGAUAGCUCCGAUACCCAAGGUUGUUUGUGUGGGCGAUGUGAAGGGGAGACCUGAGCACCCAGCAAUUCACUUUGCCUCGCACCAACAUCACUACUUCUACCCCAACUGUUGCUUACCUCGCCUGCCGUCUGGGACGGCGUGCCAUACCGAGUAUCACAAAGUCCAGGUUGAAUCCUCAACCCCGCUGCCUUCGCCUGGGCAUACCUCUCUCACCAGGCAGACCCAGCUGCUGCUGCACCAACCAAGCUAUUCCAGCCGACAGUCAGCAACAGCCUUCGGGUUCCAUUCUGCAGACUCGAGAGCAUUGUUGCGGUCACUCUCUUGCAGGUCUUGGACCAUGGGGGCUGAAUUGGGCCCCUCAGAAGGUGUGGGUGAGUCUGACGGUCAAGAGGAGCCCAAUCCAGCCUUUCUAGGCUCUCUCGACUACCACGACUUUCUUCAUGGGACUUCAAAAGCUUUGGGUGACUUCAGUGCUCCUAGGACAGUGCUCAAUGACAAGUCUGACAAGUCUGGCCCCGAGUCUCCGGUCUCGAGGUUUGCCCACAAAGUCACUCAGUCCUUGUCCCACAAACCUUUUCCAGACAUCAUAAAAUCUGCCACUACUCUCCGUGAGCGCCGGGGACAGGCCCUUGCCGAGAAGGCUGGCAGCCCUGAAGCACUCAGGAAACUGCCCAAGCCCGAACUGUCUGUGCUGACAGAGAUCCCUAUCUCCUUGACAUCUUCGACUGUCAGCCCUUCAUCAUCACUCACGACUGCACCUCUCCUUCGAGAGGGAACUUUGCGAAGCAUCCCCUCAGGCCCACUUAGCACCAUUUCCUCCAAAGAGAUAGACCCAGAGAAACUUCAGCCUUUCAUCGGCCCGCUUCUUCCACAACAACCCCCGCCCAACCGGCCUCUUCCUCAGCUUCCAUUUCCUUCGCCGGUGAAGCGACGUGACCCCAUCAAGAAGUCAGCUGCCAGCAUGGCGGGCCAGGUAGAUGGCAGCGAGCAGGGGUUCGGGAAGGGAGACACGAAGAGGAGUAUAGAGGAGACCACAGAGCAGCAUUUCGACCAAAAGAAAGGCAAAGGCCUGCGAAAGAAAAUCUCAAGGUUUUUCUCCAACGACCAGCCAGCACGACCGGCAGAUGCUACGGCCAGCACGACUUACCAGCCCCUCUCGCUUACAGCCUCACAGGAUACCGAGCGCCUUUCCCUGUCUGACAUCUUUGAUGAUGUUUACAACGCUGCUCGAAGUUCGCUCAAGCCCGGUCGAGGCUCUCAUAAUUCAGGCCGGAGCUCGUAUCAGAAGUCGGACCGCAUCUCCAUCUCUGCUCAGUCAGGUGACUUUUUACUUCCAAUGCAAACAGAGCAUCAUGGUACACAUGACGCCAAAGGUGCCCUCGCAACUCCACCUACGGCACCAUACAAGGUCGAGCCUCCUCCCUUGAUUGACCACCCAGUUAUCCAAGACGACUUGGAGAUACAAGACAGAUUGGGACUACAGAUCAACACCAAUGCCGCUGCCAUACCCAGCCCUAGCAUCCCUGUCCUCCCCCUCGGUGUUCCUGGGCUGCCAAGACCACCAGCCUUAUCCGUCACAGGGACUGCAAGCAAAGCAAGGCUUGUGAAAGAGGAGUCACAGGCCACAAUCACUGCAGAUACACACCAAGACAUUGACCCCUUUGCAGCUUUCGAUCGCACCGUCGACCUGACAUGGCCUUCUGGGAGGUUCGAGCACGUCUUGACCCUGUUCGUUGCACAGUAUGCCAAGGGCCGCCCCUUCAAGAAGCACAAUGGGAAGAAGAGAUUCCCGUACUUCGACCUGCCAAACAAGAUUCGUUUCGAGGUUAUGCGGCACCUUGUUGCUGACACCGACACCGGCAAGCCAAUUCUGCUGAACAGACAACGCCAGGCAUCCCCAGCUUGGCCAGCUGACGCCUUCGUCAGCCUGGGCUCUGUAUUCAAACCUCUGCAGGCAACCAUGUGGGCGUGCCCACGUCUCCGAGCUGAAGUCAUGGUCGUGUUGUUGUUGACUCGCAAGUUUCACGUCAUCUUCAGUCCCUGGGUAAAAGAAUGCACGCAGCCUUUGCCCACCACGUGGCUCUUCCGCUACCUGCACCUGAUGCAGGACGUCAGCCUUGAGAUAGACAUGACCAAGCUCGGUUUUGGCCACAGCUGGGAGUCAACCGCCAUGGACGCCAGCCUUGAAAACAUCAGUGGGCUCAUUCGCAAGUUUACGGCAGAGAUGCUCACCCGUGAUUCGGCCAACUCGAUGGGCCGUUUGACCAUCCAUUGCCGCCGAUACUUCGGAUAUCGCCAGGAGCCAAACGCUGUACAGGGGCGCCAGGGCGCCUACAAGCAUCCGCUGAUCGGAGGAGAGGAGGAUGAGCCUCGCUCCAUCGUUCCCGGUCAGGACGGCUCUGCGCGCAACGGCGGUCAGCCGCGCAAUUACAAUCGCCGGGCCCCGAGUUUGCCUCCCUCGGCGGCAAAGCCAUAUUCUGGCCACCUUCGUCACCACGCUGAUCUGCCGCAUCGUGUCCCUUACGUUACCGAGGACCAGCUUUCGGUUGCCAGUCCAUUGCGGGCGCUCACCGGCCGGGUUGAUUCCGUUCGCAUGGUAGGCUUCAGCGAGCAGUGGACGUACGCGACUCACCUGAACAUGUGGCCAGAGGCAGAGCGGAACGCCGUGUCGGAUGCCGUCAAGCACUACCACAUUGACCGCCAAACUCCUUCGCGACACUCGUAUGCUGCCCCCGGUCAUGCAAUUUUCCUGGACUACGGCAUUGAUCACGGAGUACACCGAUACCCCCCACUGCCAGAUUCCGAACCUAUGGUUUGCGUAGACUAUGACCGCGAGAAUGGUCUCUUCGUGGAGCUGGGCUCGGGCAACGUGGUGUCUGUCACCAAGAAUGGCGCCGAGUUCCAUUUUCGUUCCUUAGACCCACCAACUCCAUCUCGCACCCCGGUCAAGGCAGCUGCAGUGUUGGGCCUCCCAGGCGCCAUGAUUACGAGCGGCGAGGACGAGCCCCUCGCGACGCCGACCAAGCCACGCACCACCCGCAAGACUCGUGCCGAGACUGGCCAUGAUCCAGCACACGAUCCAGCCUAG